GUCAAUUCAUUUCAUGGUUUUUUGAUGAACGUGAAAGUCAAGUAAAAAUUUUCAGAUAUCCUCCCCAAGAUCUCCUGCAAAAAUGUCGAACGCGGCCCAUCGGCAUCGGUACAAAAAUGUCGGCCUAGACUCGACGGAAAUGCGUCGCCGCCGGGAGGAGGAAGGCAUACAGCUGCGCAAGCAAAAGCGCGAACAACAGCUGACCAAGCGACGGAACGUUAACGUGGCCGACGAGCUGCUCGAGCAGGAUGCAGUCCUUGCGGACGAGACACAGUCGACCGACAAUCGCUUCGUGAUACACCGGGACGUGAUCGAGGACCUGUACAGCACGGAUCCGGAAAAGCAGCUCGCCGCCACACAAAAGUGCCGGCGGCUGCUGUCGAAGGAACCGAACCCACCAAUCGAUCUGGUGAUCAACGAAAAUAUCGUGCCGCGGUUGGUGCAAUUCCUCACGUCUAAAAACUCCACGCUACAGUUCGAAGCGGCUUGGGCCCUGACAAACAUCGCUUCCGGCACGUCAGAGCAAACGAAAGUCGUGACGAAGGCCGGUGCCGUGCCAAUCUUUAUCAACCUGAUGAGUAGCCCGCACGAGGACGUGCAGGAGCAAGCGAUCUGGGCGCUCGGCAACAUUGCGGGCGACUCGCCGGAGUGUAGGGACUGGGUCCUCCACAACUUUGGAUUGGAACCGUUGCUACAAGUCCUAAGCACCUCGAAACGAUUGACACUGACCCGGAAUGCGACUUGGGCCCUCUCGAAUUUGUGCCGCGGCAAAAAUCCGCCGCCCGAUUUUUCGAGAGUCGAAAAAUGCCUCCCGAUCCUCGCCCAACUGAUGUUUCACAGCGACGUGGAGGUACUGGGCGAUGCCGUCUGGGCCGUCAGCUAUCUGUCCGAUGGCUCGAACGACAACAUCGAGGCGGUUAUUAACGCUGGCUGCUGCCGGCGUCUCAUCGAGUUGCUAGCCCAUAAUCACCACAAUGUCGUGUCGGCAGCGUUGCGCGCCGUCGGCAACAUUGUGACCGGCAACGACAACCAAACGCAGCUGAUCCUGAACUGCAAUGCCUUACCGUCGAUCCUGCAGCUGCUCAGCUCGUCCAAGGAGGCACUGCGCAAGGAAGCUUGCUGGACGAUCUCGAACAUUGCGGCGGGCAACCGACACCAGAUACAGGCGACGAUCGAUGCUAACAUCUUCCCGAGCGUCAUCGACCUGCUGCAGAAGGCCGACUUCAAGACACGAAAGGAGGCAGCUUGGGCCAUCACCAACGCAACCAGCGGUGGAACUGUCGAACAGAUCAAGUACCUUGUUGAUGCCGGCUGCAUACCACCGAUGUGUGAGUUGCUGACCGUGAUGGACCCGAAGAUCGUUACCGUAGCACUGAAUGGGCUCGAAAACAUACUGAAAGCCGGCAAUCAGCAGCGAGCCAAACCGAACCCGUACGCGGUUUUGAUCGAAGAGUGCUAUGGGCUGGACAAACUGGAGUUUUUGCAAUCGCAUCUGAAUAAUGAUAUUUACGAGAAGGCAUUUAACAUUAUUCAGAAGUACUUCAGCAACGACGACGAAGAUCUGGCCGUGGCACCCAGCACCGAUAAUAACCAGUUCCAAUUCAACGCCGACCAGUCGGUGCCGAUGGAUGGCUUUCAAUUUUAAGCAAACCCAACAAAAUCAACGCAUACUUUUCCUGCUGGAGUGCGAGAGAAAGAAAAUCAGGGAAAGUAAUAGAAAUGCAAGAGAAGUACGCUCCGUAACAUCCGACGGCGAUGGAUUCGGUGCUUCGGUUAGAUUUAAGCCAUCCAUUCGCUUGUUUUGUGUCCUACGCUUGUUCCGCACAACGCAACGGACCAUUAGUUAAUUCGUUGGUCUCGCAAUUGUAACUAACUGACAAAGAGCUGACGAACAGCUGGGACGUAACGGGAGAUCGUAAUCGAUCGUACAUGGUAACACCGAUCUAUGUCAAGUUGUGAGUGAUUGAACAGAUGCGAGGUCACGUAUUUUUGUUUUUGUUUUGUUUUAUUUCCCUUCGAGGGAAGACAAAUCUAACUUUAAUUUAUUCGCUAUUCCGCUCCAUAGCAUUAUAACCCUUUUAUUAUUCCCCAGCUCCGGACUGCUUGGCUGCAGUAUUAUCAAUAUUGGCUGAAAAUGUGGUACUGUAACACUCAAAGGAUAACAAAACUGCAGAUGCAAAUCUACCGCUAAUACUAACACAAUGAAAAACAAUAGAGCGCAGUGUUUUGGGACAGAAGUGUUGACAUUGAUUUAGGGAAAUGUUUUAUGUUCUAUUUUUACUUACUAUACAUAUAUGUAUGCAUUAUACCAUUGAAAAGGAAUGCGGACCGGCGUUAUGCCUGCAUUCGGGUGAGCGAAUUUGUAAAACAUUUUAUUUUGCUCAUAUUUUGUUUCUCGGUUUUCGAAGCUUAUUGGAAACAAAAUUGCACUCUCGAUCAUAACAAAUAGAGGCACAUAAACUGAUAUGUGCGCAAUCUACGCGGACUCGCUACAGCCGACUCGUGUGCGUUUUCUGAUUUAAUCGACGGCGUCGAAUGUGUAGACAACCCCUGACCCGUGCCGUGUAAGGACACUUUUGCCGCACCCGCUGGAUGCGGCACCAUUUCGUGAAAAAGGACAAACAGGUUCGGGGAUCGCGAAA